AUGAGCUACCCACUGGACCACCUCUACGGCCACGGCUCCUACCGCAGGGCACCACAGGGCCUCUCUGCCCGGCCUGCCGCUUCUCUCUCCUCCUCCGGCUUCCACUCCCAGCCCUGGACGACCUCUCAGCGCCGCCGCCAGGUCUACAGCCAGACACCCUCCGCCGACAGCUUGGAGAUCUUUAACGGCGACAUGACUCGGAGGAACGAGAAGGAGAUUCUGCAGACACUCAAUGACCGUUUCGCCGGCUACAUCGACAAGGUGCGGAACCUCGAGCUGAUGAACUUGAAUCUGGAGCAGGAAGCGGCUGCGCUGCGACAGAGCCAGACCGGGCGCGCUACCGUGGGAGAGCACUAUGAGCGCGAGCUGGGGAACCUGAGGGGUCUGGUUCAGCAGCUGACCGGGGAGAAGGCACGCGCACUCUUGGAGCAAGACCACCUGGAAGAGGAUAUCCAGCAUGUGCGGACCAGGCUCGAGGACGAGGCACGCAGCAGGGAGGAGCUGGAAGCCAAGGCACGCCUCGUGAACAAGUAUGUGGAUGAGUCUGGGCUCGCACGGCUAGAGCUGGACAAGAAGCUGAGCGCGCUGCAGGAAGAAGCCGCGUUCCUGAAGAAGAACCACGAGGAGGAGGUGGCGGAGCUGCUAGCACAGAUCCAGGGUGCACAGGUGAACUUCGAGGCUCGAGACACAAUCAAGGCGGACGUCACGAACGCCCUGCGGGAGAUCCGCGCUCAGCUUGAUGGACACGCGACCAAGAGCGCAACGCACGCGGAGGAAUGGUUCAAAGUGCGUAUGGAGCGGUUGGCAGAUGCAGCUCACUCUAACACAGAUGCGAUCCGUGGUGCCCAGGAUGAGAUAGCAGAGUACAGACGGCAGCUUCAGAGCCGCACCAUCGAACUGGAGACCCUCAGAGGAACCAAGGACUCCCUGGAGAGACAAUGCAUGGAGACUGAGGACAGACACCAUGGAGAUAUCCACUCACUACAGGAGACCAUUCGUCAGCUGGACGGUGAACUGAAGAGUACUAAGUGGGAGAUGGCCAGUCAGCUGAGAGAAUACCAGGAGCUGCUGAACGUCAAGAUGGCUCUGGACAUAGAGAUAGCAGCUUACAGGAAGUUGCUGGAAGGGGAGGAGACUCGGUUCAUACCUGGGCCAAGCCUGUACUCCUACUCCUCUGCCCACCUGAAGCUGAAGGGGGAGGAGCUCUCAGACACAGUCAUACUGGAGGAACAGACGGAUGAGACACAGGUCACUGAGGUGACAGAGGAAGCAGAAGAUGAGGAAGAGGAAAAGGGAGAGGGAGAAGAGACAGAAAAGGUAGAAGAGAAGGAGGAAGAGGAAGAGGGAGAAAAGGAGGAGGAAGAGGAUGAGACCAAAGCUGAGGCAGAAGAGGGAGAAGGAAAAGGAGUUGAGGAUAAGGGGGGAGAGGAAGAGGAGGCAGGUGAGGAGAAAGAGGAAGAGAAGUCUAAGUCACCUGAGAAGGCUGCUUCUUCUCCAUCCAAAUCUCCCCCCAAAACCCCCCAGCCCAAAUCUCCUGCCCCCAAAUCACCUGAACCAAAAUCACCCCAAGCCAAAUCUCCCCUCCCCAAAUCACCUGCCAAAUCUCCCGCCCCCAAAUCACCUGAAUCCAAAUCACCCCAAGCCAAAUCUCCCCUCCCCAAAUCACCUGCCAAAUCUCCCGCCCUCAAAUCACCUGAAUCCAAAUCACCCCAAGCUAAAUCUCCCCUCCCCAAAUCACCUGCCAAAUCUCCCGCCCCCAAAUCUCCCACAGCUGUCAAAUCACCAACAUCUCCCCCCAGCAAAUCCCCAGAGUCUAAGUCUCCCCCUCCCAAAUCCCCCCUCCCAAAGUCUCCUGAACCCAAGUCCCCCAUCCAGGAGAAGGCCAAGCCCCCUGCAGAAGACAAACUGGCCAAGCAGGAGAAGAAAGAGAAGGAACAACCCCAGCCUGUAAAGGAGGAAAAGAAACAAGAGCCAGAACCCAAGGAGAAAGAGAAGAGUGAGAGCCAACCUAAAGAGGAGAAGGUUGAGGAGAAGACAGAAAAACCAGAUCCCAAGGAGAGCAAGCCAGAGGAGAAUCCCAAGAAGACUGAGACCCCAACACCUGCCUCCCCUGCUGCCACCCCGGCCAAGCCUGCAGAGGAAAAGCCCGCCCCCGUCAAGGAGAGCCACGGCCCUGCUAAGAAAGAAGAGGAGAAACAAGCCAAAACAGAUGACACACCCCAGGUAGAGGUGAAGCCUGCCCUCAAAGAAUCACCACAGAAAACAGAGAGCACAAAGGAGGAGAAGAAAGCAGAGCCCAAAGAGGAGGUGAAGAAGGAGGAUAAGAAGGAGGACAAGGAAGACAAGAAGGAGGCCUCUAAAGCAUCCGACAGUAAAGAGGCAAAGGAUACGAAGGAGGUAGGGAAGGCAGAGAAGGCCAAGAAAUCUUCUAGCACUGAAGUCAAAGAUGAGAAAUCUUCUAGCACUGAGGUCAAAGACGAGAAAUCUUCUAGCACUGAGGUCAAAGACGAGAAAUCUUCUAGCACUGAGGUCAAAGACGAGAAAUCUUCUAGCACUGAGGUCAAAGACGAGAAAUCUUCUAGCACUGAGGUCAAAGACGAGAAAUCUUCUAGCACUGAGGUCAAAGACGAGAAAUCUUCUAGCACUGAGGUCAAAGACGAGAAAUCUUCUAGCACUGAGGUCAAAGAUGAGAAAUCUUCUAGCACUGAGGUCAAAGACGAGAAAGCCAAGAAGUGA